AUACGCUCUGUCAUCUAUACUGCCAUAUCGCCAUGUCCGACUCGAACCAGCCCAAGGCGCCGCUCAAUAUUCCCUCAGGAAACAGCCAGAUCACGCCCGAACCUCAGCCGUUAAAGCCCGAGGAGCGACUUACCGGCAACAAGUUGCAAGAUUUCAAGUCUGCUUUCGGUAGAAUAAAGCCGAAGAAUGAUCUAGAGAACCUGGGCAAGAUGCCUUGUGCUAGAAAUAGUCUGUUGUAUGGGAUUGCUGGAGGGACUGGUAUUGGAGCGGUCAGGUUCUUGGGAUCACGGAGACCAUGGAGUGCAGCCAAUUGGGCAGUUGGCAGCUUCUUGGCUAUCACCCUGUUCCAAUGGGAAACAUGCCAACGUGCUAGACGGAUAGAGCUCGCCCAGAUGAAGGCCAUCCAAGAUAGAUAUCCACACCGACAUGUUUCAAAGCUCAAGAAGGCUUUGGGAGAGGACGAAGCAGAGACACGACGACCAUCAUAAGGACAACUCGACCUCCAUCCGUCAUGCAUUACACUGUGAUCAUA